UAAACAGCAUCAGCAUGUCUGUUAGAUACAGCUCCAGCAAGCAGUACUCUUCCUCCCGCAGCGGGGGAGGAGGGGGGGGUGGAGGAGGAUCAUCCUUCAGGAUUUCGAGCAGCAAAGGCUCCAUCGGUGGAGGAUUUAGCUCAGGGGGGUUCAGUGGUGGCUCUUUUAGUCGUGGGAGCUCUGGUGGAGGCUGCUUUGGAGGCUCCUCAGGUGGCUAUGGAGGAUUAGGAGGAGGUUUUGGUGGAGGCAGCUUUGGUGGAGGCUAUGGCGGCAGCAGCUUCGGUGGGGUCUGUGGAGGGGGCAGCUUUGGAGGGGGCAGCUUUGGAGGGGGCAGCUUUGGAGGGGGCAGUUUUGGUGGGGGUGGCUUCGGUGGAGGCGGCUUUGGAGGCUAUGGGGGUGGAUUUGGAGGAGAUGGUGGCCUUCUCUCCGGAAAUGAAAAAGUAACCAUGCAGAAUCUGAAUGACCGCCUGGCUUCCUACUUGGACAAAGUGCGGGCUCUGGAAGAAUCAAACUACGAGCUAGAAGGCAAAAUCAAGGAGUGGUAUGAAAAGCAUGGCAACUCAAGACAGAGAGAGCCCCGUGACUACAGCAAAUACUACCAAACCAUCGAAGAUCUUAAAAAUCAGAUCCUCAAUCUAACAACUGAUAAUGCCAAUAUCCUGCUUCAGAUCGACAAUGCCAGGCUGGCAGCUGACGACUUCAGAUUAAAGUAUGAGAACGAGGUAGCCCUGCGCCAGAGUGUGGAGGCCGACAUCAAUGGCCUGCGCAGGGUACUGGAUGAGCUGACCCUGACCAAGGCUGACCUGGAGAUGCAGAUCGAGAGCCUGACUGAAGAGCUGGCCUACCUGAAGAAGAACCACGAGGAGGAAAUGAAAGACCUUCAAAAUGUGUCCACUGGUGAUGUAAACGUAGAAAUGAAUGCUGCCCCAGGUGUUGACCUAACUGAACUUCUGAAUAACAUGAGAAACCAAUAUGAACAACUUGCUGAACAAAACCGCAAAGAUGCUGAAGCCUGGUUCAAUGAAAAGAGCAAGGAACUGACUACAGAAAUCAACAGUAAUAUUGAACAAAUGUCCAGCCACAAAUCUGAGAUUACUGAAUUGAGACGAACGGUUCAAGGUCUGGAAAUCGAACUACAGUCCCAACUAGCCCUGAAACAAUCCCUGGAAUCCUCGUUGGCAGAAACAGAAGGUCGCUACUGUGUGCAGCUCUCACAGAUUCAGGCGCAGAUCUCCUCUCUGGAGGAACAACUGCAACAGAUUCGGGCUGAAACCGAAUGCCAGAAUGCCGAGUACCAACAACUCCUGGACAUUAAGAUCCGACUGGAGAAUGAAAUUCAAACCUACCGCAGCCUGCUAGAAGGAGAAGGAAGUUCCGGCGGCGGCAGCUACGGCGGCGGGCGCGGCGGCGGAAGUUCCGGCGGCGGCUACGGAGGAAGUUCCGGCGGCGGCGGCGGCUACGGAGGAAGUUCCGGCGGCGGCGGCUACGGCGGCGGAAGCUCCGGCGGUGGCGGUUACGGUGGGGGCAGCUCCGGCGGCGGCGGCCACGGCGGCAGUGGCCACGGCGGCAGUUCCGGCGGCGGCUACGGGGGCGGGAGCUCUAGCGGAGGUCACAAGUCCUCGUCGUCUGGGUCGGUUGGAGAGCCCUCUUCUAAGGGACCAAGGUCAGCAGAAACUAGCUGGGAUACUAACAAACCCAGAGUAAUCAAGACAAUUAUUGAAGAGGUGGCACCUGAUGGUAGAGUCCUUUCAUCCAUGGUUGAAUCGGAAACCAGGAAACACUACUAUUAAGCCGCAUCAAGAGGAAAGAGUCUCCCUUCACACAGACCAUUAUGUACAGAUGCAUGAAAAACAAAAUCAUCAAAACACUUUAGUCUUAAUGGUCUAUGGAAAUAGGUUCACUUCUUGAAAAUAAGGUGUCUAAAAGGUGUUUUGUGGUUUCUGUAUUUCUUCUUUUCAUUUACCAGAAAGUGUUCUUUAAUGAAAAAGAACUUUUCUAUUCUCAUUCACUAACGAAUUUCAAUAAACUUUCUUACUGAUGCAAGCUA